AUGAAAGAUGAACCCAAGACUAUAGUUUAGAGAAAAGCUCCUUUAAAGAAUCAAAGUAGUUUUAGAGAGCCUUAAUUUCGGGAAAACAACAAUUCAAGUGAUAUUAGGUUGAGACAAGUGGAUUCUAGAAAAUAAAGCAUACUAAAGCACAAUCAAUAAACUAUUGAUAAGUCUUUCGUUAAUCAAAUUAAGGUUAAUCAUCUCGACUAAGUAAUCCGAAUUCAGGCAGUCAUAAGAGGUGUGAGAACAAGAUUUAUGACUUAAAUACUUAAAAAGACAUUGAAGGUGAAGAAGAAGUAUUUCAUUGAUGAAGAACUAUGGGAAACUAUUAACAAGAAUAAAAUAUUUAAGUUAUCUUACGCAAAAGUUACUAAGGAAUAUGUUUACAAAUGCUCAGGAGCGAUAUAUAAUGGAGAGUGGAAAUAAGGAUUCAGAUACGGGAAAGGAUUGAUGCAAUGGCCUGAUGGAGCAAAGUACGAGGGAGAAUGGGAACUUGGAAGAGCAUAUGGUAGGGGAAUUUUUACUCAUACUAAAGGAGAAAUUUAUGAUGGUCAAUGGAUAAAUGAUAAAGCUCAUGGGUAUGGUGUAUAUGUCCACUCAAACGGAGCAAAAUAUGAAGGUAUGUGGAGAUAAGAUCUUCAACAUGGAUAAGGUAAGGAAUCAUGGCCAGAUGGAUCCUUAUUCACAGGUGAAUAUGCAGAUGGCAAAAAAAAUGGCAGAGGGAAAUACUUAUGGGUAGAUGGAGCAUCAUAUGACGGAAAUUGGGAGGAAAAUGAAAUUUCAGGAUAUGGAUUUUACAAAUGGGCUGACGGUAGAAAGUAUAUCGGCCACUGGAAAGGAAAUAUCAUGGAUGAAUUCGGUAUUUAUACUUGGCAAGAUGGUAGGAUGUAUGAGGGCUUUUACCUUGAAGAUAAAAAGCAUGGCUAUGGAAUUUACACUUGGUCAGAUUCAAAAAGGUAUGCGGGAUGGUGGUCUAAUGGUAAAUAGCAUGGCAUAGGCAUAUUUAUUUCCAAAGAUGGGAAGAAAAAACUUGGUCUUUGGGAGGAUGGUAAGAAAGUUAAAUGGUUCAGCUAAGAUGAAAUAAGUUUGAUAGAGAGUGACUAAGGUGAUUCUUUUCUAAGGUCUGUACUAACUGGUGGAGAGGAAAGUUGGUAGAGAAUAAAAGAAUUUCCUAAAGUUUUUUCUCCUGAAGAAGAUUUCUAUAAAAUGAGAGAAUACUUAGCUAAAAAAAUCUAAGAACUUCAGAUAGAAGAUGCUGAUAUGAUUGACAAUGUUCAAAUAUCCUAUAACUAAUCAAUAAUGAGUAUAUAAGCCGGAGAUGACUAAGGGAACCUUAUGUGA